GAAAUGUAUGAGGUUGUGGUUGUGUUAUAAAUUCACUAAUUUCAUUUUUCUUUGUUUUAUAAUUUUAUAUUUUGGUCACUUUUAGUGUUGCAACAGUUAUUUUAUUUACCAAUUAUUUAUCUUUUCUACUGUAGAAUCCACUUAAACUAUUUAAAAAUCGUCUUUUCUUGGUACAACAUAAUCUCAAAAAUAUGCCACAACACUUAUGAAAUUUGAUUUUAAAAUUUGGAGCUCCAUUCCCAAUGUCCAAAACAAGGCAAAGAUCAUCAGCCCCAAAUGACCGUUUUGCAUCAGAAGAAAAUGCCAAACAAUCACGACGAAGUGGAUCGUUUACCAUCAAAAGACCGAGUCACCAAUUGGGACAUAGCAGGCUUUAUUAUAUCCAUCAUCAGUCACUUGGCUGAUGUGAUUUUCGAUUGCAAUUUGGCUUUUAGAUACUAUUUAAACUCAAAUUUGGGUUAUUUUUUCACCACUGUGGCCUUCAUAUUAAUCCCUGCCAUAAUUAACACAGGCUUCAGCCUUAGAAUGUAUGUUCUAGACCAGGAUUCUCGAAAAACUUUGACCAAAAAAUUUACUAAAAGGCGUUUCCUGUGUGUGUUGGUGCUCCUCUUUCAAUUAGCGCCAGUUUUGAGAUAUUUUGAUGCACUACAUUAUGCAAUAAAAUCAAAAAAGGCUGAGAAAAGAGGUGAUCAAGAGAACCAAAGGAAAUACUACGACCUGAUGGUCAAAGAAGACUCUGAUGUUGCUUUGUUAAGAGUUUUGGAAUGCUUUCUGGAGGCGGCCCCCCAACAAAUAUUACAGUUAACAAUUAUUUUUUAUAACCACGGCAAGGAGAUUAACGUUAAAGAAACAUUUACUUUUAUUCAUCAAUUACUGAGCAUCGGUAGCUCUUUUGUUAGUAUGGCCUGGUCCAUGGCCUCUUACCAAAGACUGUUACGCGUCUCUCUAAAAACAAAACACAACAUUUCGUGGCCUGCUACGAUAGUGCAGUUUAUGUGGCACUUUUUAGUGACAGUAUCCAGGAUUUUGUGUAUCAGCGUUAUAGCUUCCAUUCAUCCAGUUCAUACUGUGCUGGUGCUGGUUUUUCAUUGGUUUGUUAUGACCAUAUGGCUGUCUGCUACCAGCUCUGAGAAUAAUUUCUGCGAUCAUCAUAGGUUGUAUGAUUUUUUGUUCUAUUCGAUCUUUGGUGCUGUUUAUAUUUUUACACAGGUAGUGCUGGUAGAGGGUCCCACCUUCCUAAAAUACCUCAUAUUUUACGGUAUUCUUUUUGGCGAGAACACUUUAGCCAACGUAUUGUGGAUUUGCAAUGCCGACGAGACUUUACAAGGGAUGGUUUACUACAGGCCAAUUAUCUACUUGAAUGUCAUCCCUUUUAUAGUGGGGAUAAUAUUUAUGUUGCUGUAUUAUAGAGUUUUCCAUCCUAGUACAGGAUAUAAUAGACAGCAUCGUGUGGAAACAGGAAAUAGUUAGGUUAUUUAUGUGCUCAAUAAUUUGUCCUAGAUAUGGCGAUUUUCCUUGCCUCUAGCCAAUUUGGCCUAGAAUACUGCCACCUUGACUAAUGUCAUUUUAGUGAAGAAGGGAAGAAGCAAGGUGAUUUGUCUAAAUUACAGAGACUAAAUAAACCUUUAUAUACAGUGGCGACAAUAGAGGUCACGGCGCCAUUUUCUUGCUUACCUCUUACUAAUUUCAAAUAUGAAUAUAUAGGAUUUAAAUGGAUAGGUAUAUAUCAUAAAAAAUUGAAAACAAAGUAUCUGCCCCAGUAGCACACAAUGUUGGUCCCAUGUUGCAGAUACAUUGGACCAAUAUUAUAUGUUGGCCCAAUAUUGGAAUUUUUUAGCCAACAUUGGACAUUUAUUGGCAAUACAACUUCUUUCAUCAUUAUAAUAAUAUAUUUAUCCAAGAAUGGGCCAAUAUACACAAACAAUAUUUUUAUCGGCAGCAUAUAACCAAGAUUGGUUACAUAUUAGCAAUACAAAUUUUUCUUACAUAACAGUGAUAUAUUUAUCCAUCAUUGAACCGAUAAGCACAAAAAAAUUGUUCUUUUUUUGCAUUAUUGAGCCAAUAUUGGCAAUACAUAUUUUUCCACAUUGUAAUAUUAUAAAUAUUUACGUAUUUACAUAAGAAUGGGCUAAUAUACAGGAAAAAUAUCUUAAUUGACAUUAUUUAGACAAUAUUGGCAAUACAACUUUUUCUAAUAUUACCAUAGUAUUGUAUCCAUUAAUGGACCAAUAUGCACAGAUAAUAUUUUUAUUUGCAUUAUUAAGCCAAUAUUGGAUAUAAUAUGGUAAAACAAAUUUUUCUAAUAUAACAUUGAUAUAUUUAUCCAUAUUGCCCAAAUAUUGCUUCUAUAUUGGUGAAAUAUUGUAUAUGGGUCCAAUAUUGGCAAUUUGUAGCUAAUAUUGGUAAUAUAUUGGAGAUUAACCUUUUUACUACAUUAUUAAUCCAAUUUUGGAUCCAAGCAAUGUUUGGCAAUAUCUUUUAUUCAUGUUUAUAUUUAAUUUGUUAUAGCUAGUGACCUCAGUAGAUAUUCAGGUUGGUUUUUUGGAAAAAGGUUGGAUUUAGGUCAAAAAUAAACGGCGUUGAAGAAGGCAAAUACACACUAUCUUCUUCAACGCCGUUUAUUUUUGACCUAAAUCCAUCCUUUUUCCAAAAAACCAACCUUUAUAUUUAAUAUUUAUCCAAUAUUGGUGAUAUAUAGGAGAUGUACCUUUUCCAUAUCAAUCAGGACCACCGAGAGAGGGCACCACGCGCUACCGAUGGCAUUGCUGUUUUCUAGUGUUUGAGUUUCCUUCAAACCUGUUUCUUUAAGUUGGUGUGCUUCGCUCACAAGCUUGAAGCCGGAAACCGGUCUAGUCUGCAGGUGUUGGAGCUUUGGUUAAAUACAUGUGUUUUCCAAGAAAAUAUUGUAGAUAUUUUUAGGGAAUAUUGUAAAUAUUUAUAGAAGAAAUAUUUCAUAUUUAUUAAUUGGUAAUAUUGGAGAAAUAUUUAUAUUCAAUAUCGGAUUCAUAUAAGAAGUAUACAUUGUGCCAAUCUGAAAAACAAAUAUUGGGUAUAUUUCUAAAAGCAAUAUUACAUGUUUAUUAAUUAGCAAUAUUGAGCCAAUAUUUUUCUUCAAUAUCGGAUUCAUAUUUACAAAAUAUAUUGGGCAAAAAAAAAAUCUGUCGUUUCCAUUCUUGGGCCAAUAUGUAAAUAUAAUAUUUUACCAAUAUUGUUGUGCUACUGGGGUGAUGUCUAUUAUUAGGUACAUACAUCAAAUACGUUGUUUCCAAUUUUUUAUGAUGGAUUUCCAUUUAAAUCCUUUAUAUUCAUAUUUAAAAUUAGCAAGAGGUAAGCAAGAAAAUGGCGGCGUUUUCAAUAUGAAUGCAUAGGAUUUUAACACGUUCACUGCUAUGAGAGUCGUAGUAGUUAGUGCCUCAGAAAAUAUAAACUUUAGGGACUGCGACUCGUCGUAUGUGCCUCACUAACUCAUUACGUAUCAUGCUAUAUGGGUCUGUGUUACUGCUGCAAUGUCACAGGUCGCCUGUAUUUAUAUGAAACGAUAUUUUGUGUGGCCUGGCGGGCCAGAAAAAAAAUUUGCCCCACGGAAAAAAAUACUUGUUUGAGUUUUGCAAAGAAAUAUUAGAAGUGAGCGAUCAUAUUACAUAAUAUAAGAGUGGCCUGGAGGGCUCGGUUUUGUUCAUCUCAUGGUGGCGGUGUACGUGUUAACCCUCCAUCGCUCGCACCGUUAGAAAAAAUCUAACAUUUUUUAAAAAUUUGUUAUAAUUUCUACAAUUUUUCAUUAUUUUUGCUGUGUAUCCAGGAAUGCUUUUAUCACCCAACCUACUACAUGCAUGUAUAGUCGACGGGGGCGAUUUUUCUGUUUUUGUGCCAAAACGACAUAUUGUUAGAAAAAAUCUAACAUGCGAGCGGGUGAAUGUUAGAAACAAUCUAACGACGCGAGUGAUGGCGUAUGUUGAAAUUUUGUUAAUUUUGAUCAAUUUUGAUAGAUUUUCAAGUUGUAUUUUGGUGUUUUUACUAAAACAACACUUAUAUAAAAUUAUUAAAAAUCAAUUUAAUUAAUAUACCAAACUUUUGUAUGAAAAAUAAUAGUUUUAUUGCAAAGAAAUGGAUGUUAGAUAAAAUCAAACUCGCGAGCGAUGGCGUAAAAAAAUGAGGCGCGAGUGACGGAGGGUUAAAGAACUAAUCAAAAAUAAGACUUCAAUUGUCGCCACUGUGAUGUAAUAGAGUCACUGUAGUCUAAAUCAUGGAAUCUUACAUUAGCAAGCAUGAGCUACUCAGAUCAGAAUCUCUUAUGUUCCGAUAUUUAAAUAUAUAUACCACGGGAUGUGGUACUUUGGACUGUUAAUAGUAUAUUUAGUUGCAGCAUCCCUAACUUACUCAAGGGUUUAUUAGGGUUGUUCCAUUUACAGAGUAGAGUAAGUCACUUCAUGCUCCAUGAAACAUUUCUUUCUUCUUCCCUCACACUUUCUGCCAAAUAUCGUUCAAGAACCACAGCUGAAUUGACACAGGCCCAUUUAAUCCAUUUGAAGUAGCUAACGAAAUCCAAGUGUUGGAACUCGUCUAAUUUGGAUUUUGUUUUCCUUGUCGCUUUGGUUGUGAUGAGAGGAUUAGUGUUUGGAAAAAUUCAGAUGUUUUAUUUUAAGGAGUUUAAAGUGAAAAACACUUUCUUUCGUCACAAGGAGCUUGAUGCAAAAAUCCGCAUCAAAAUUGGACGCUUUCCACGAAAGGAUAACACACGGCUAUCAUGGGAUAUGUAGGCUCCAUGGAUUGUGCCAAUUGUUUAGAUAUGUCGUAGAGAAUUUAAUUUCUAACAAUAUUUAAAUAGGACCAAGUCUUGUACAUAUUACGGUUUGUGAGACAUGAUAUAAGCGUUGAAAAAAGUACUUGUUUUCUGAAGAAUAUACGAUAUGCUGAUGUUUGUCAGUCAAAAUAUUAACAGAACAGGUCAACAUAUUUUGAAAGCUGCGAUGACCUAUAAACAUUUGCGAGUGACGUAAAAUAUGGUUUACGUGUCAAUAUUUUGGAUGACCAACAUCCUUAUAUCGUAUAUUCUUUAGGACAAAAAAUUGUCUAUCCCGCUUAUAUGUCACAAACCGUGAUACGUACCAAAAUUUGGGCGAUUUGGCCCAUUUAAAAAUUGCUAAGAAUUAGAUCCCCGACGAUAUAGGUAUCAAGAAAUUGGCAAAAUCCAUGGAGCCCAAAAAUCCCAUGUUAUUAGUGCGCCAUGCUUUUUGGAUUUGAUCCCGAAUAUCGUGGUUGUUAAACGGACCAAUUGAUGCCUUUAGUCAAAUUUGGAUAGGUCAAAUAAUUUAUGAAUCUUUCUAAAAAAUAUAUCUUGAUGAAUUUGUAUAAAAAGGGAUUUCAGGAGCUACUGUUAGAUUUCGGGAUACCCUCAACAAUGCAGAUAAACUAUUUUUUUUUUCCCAAGCUAGGUUAAAAGACCUGCAAAAAGCAAAUAUGUGUGAAAUUGAAACAGAAUGCAGAGUGAACAAAAAUUAAUUUUAGUCAUUUAUUUUAUUUUUCUCUCUUUUUGAAUUUUGCUCUUUAUUCAAUAUUGUGAUAUUUUAUUUUUUGUCAUAUUGAUUGAUUAUUAAUUAAUUAUUAUCUUAUUAAUUAUAAAUCCAAAUAAAUUAUUCAUCUAAUGUAUAGUAUCGUUUUUUUAUCCUUCAUUCAUGUGGCUUCUUUCUAAAAAUGGAAAGGGAACCAAAAUUAAUUUCAGUUCAAUUAAUCUUAUUUAUUUUUUAAUUUUGCUGGUAUUCAAUGUGAUAUUUUAAAUUUUCUCAUAUUGUUUAAUUAUUAUUUUAUUAUUUAUAUUUCCAAAUAAACUA